AUGACAAUGGCGGUGUGGUCGCCCGACUUCACCAACGCCAUCAAACAGCCUUUUAACUGUGUAUGUGCUUGGCGAUACAAUACAGCUUUGAUAUGUUCAUUGGGGAGCUGUGAAGGUCUAAAUGUGCCGUUUCCUAUACAAGACAUGGCAUCAGUUCUUAGUUCCUGGGUAUUGCCUUAUGUUUUUACAAAUUCAGAGAUCACGCCUAGGUUUCACGUGAGAGUUCAAAGUGUAAGUGGCGGUGACUCAAAAGGGUCGCCAUCUGAUUCCACUAUGGUGAAUGGAGCUUCUUUGAUUCGAGAGAAAGAGAAACAUGGGGUGUUGAUUGAUGGAGGCAUAGGGGAGAAAGAGAAGACUGGGGGUCGGAUUGAUGCAUGGAAUGCGAGCUUAAAGUGUGGAGUUAAGAAAGGGUGCGAUAAAGAUGUUAUUUCAAAUGAUUUAGAUGUCUUGUGGGACGACGGUUAUGGGACCAAGACUGUGAUGGAUUAUUAUGAAGAAGCCAAGGAAAUUAUUAGGCCUGACGGGGGCCUCCCCGGUGGGAUUGAUGGUGUUGGCUCGGCCCUGAUUCUGCAUCAUAAAGCUCUUGGGAAGGUCUUUGAAGUUCGGUGCCUUCAUAUUCCAGUGCAUGAUCGAACACCAUUUGAAGGGCUGGUGAAAUUUGUCGAAGAAACAGUGAGGCUUGAGCAUGCCUCAUCUCCAAAUAAGCCAAUUUAUCUAGUGGGGGAUUCCUUUGGGGGAUGUCUUGUUCUUGCCAUUGCUGCUCGUAAUCCCGAAAUUGAUCUUGUAGUGAUACUAGCCAAUCCAGGUAAUCCAGUGAAGAUGGCAAGGGCCAAUAUUGAAAAUAGACUACCUCCCAGAGUACAAACUGAGCAAUUAUUUCAGAAUCUCAUUGCUUUGAUACCUUAUCUUUCUCCAAUGGUGCGGCAUAGUUAUAACAGUUAUUUUAGUUUUGAUGCUAGCUGUCGCACAUACUCAAAUUUGCAGAGACAACGGCUAGAUCUGGUUGAUAUAAUUCCAAAGGACACUCUUAUUUGGAAGUUGAAACUGCUCAAAUCAGCUGCUUCUUAUACUAAUUCCCGGCUUCAUGCUGUGAAAGCUGAAGUGCUAGUCCUGUCAAGUGGAAAUGAUUACAUGCUUCCUAGUGGAGAUGAAGCUCAGCGUCUGAAAAGUUCAAUAGAGAAUUGCACAGUUCGUUAUUUCAAGGACAACGGGCAUACCAUUUUACUGGAAGAUGGUGUUAAUUUGCUUACUGUUAUUAAAGGUACUGGCAAAUAUCGUCGUUCAAGGAGGAUUGAUUUUGCCUCAGACUUUGUUCCACCAAGCAUUUCAGAAUUCAAAUACGUAUAUGAUAUAAUUGGGUUUUUACGCUUUGCCAUUGGUUCUGUCAUGUUCUCAACAUUGAAUGAUGGAAAGAUAGUGAAAGGUCUUCAUGGGGUUCCAAAUGAAGGUCCUGUCUUAUUAGUUGGCCACCACAUGUUGAUGGGACUUGAACUUUAUUCCCUUGUCCCAGAAUUCUUGAGAGAGAAAAAUAUUAUGGUUCGUUGUGCAAUGCAUCCAGUUGUACUGAGAGGAAGGCAGAAGGCUUCAUCUCCUGAAUUUUCUUUAGCUGAUUGGAUGAAAGUAAUGGGCGCAGUACCUGUCACAGCCAGCAAUCUUUUCGAAUUGCUGUCAACAAAAUCUCAUGUGCUUCUUUAUCCUGGAGGUGCUCGGGAAGCCCUUCAUCACAGGAGUGUUAUUGCAGCCAUGGGUGGUAGACUACUGUUUAGCACUUCAUACAUACCACCUAUUUCAGAUAUUGAAAAGUUCUUUGGUUAUCAAGUAACUAAAACAAUAAGAAGCGGAAUUCAAGUUUCUGUGGUCAUUAGUUUAGACUCUUACAGAAUUGGUGAAGAAUAUAAGCUGAUUUGGCCUGAUCAACAAGAAUUUGUGAGAAUGGCAGUAAGGUUUGGGGCUACAAUUGUACCAUUUGGAACUGUAGGAGAAGAUGAUAUAGCAGAAUUGGUUCUUGAUUACAACGACUUGAUGAAAAUCCCAGUGGUUAAUGACUACAUCAGAGACACUAAUAGGAAUUCUACAAGAAUAAGGGAUAAGAGUAAAGGAGAGGUUGCCAACCAAGAACUAUAUCUCCCAGGUAUUCUGCCAAAGGUGCCUGGCCGAUUCUAUUUUCUGUUCGGAAAGCCUAUUGAAACAAAGGGCCGAAAAGAGAUACUUAAAGACAGAGAAAAUGCAAACCAGUUAUACCUGCACGACUUGAAAAGUGUCCCAAGUUUCUUAAUUGCUAUGAAAGUCCCAAGUCGGUCGGUUGGUGAAUCGAGUUCAGAAUUAUAUGCAAUAGUGUGUGAAUGA